CAGCUAUUUGAGGGCCCGGGCGCGGCCCGUACCUCCUCCUCCUCUCUCCGUUCUGCUCGCAACCGGCCAGGAAACCGAGAGUCUGGGGCUCACCAUCAUGGAUCCUCUCCAGGAAGCAAAUGGCACCUUUGCCUUAAACCUUUUGAGAAUACUGGGUGAAGACAUCUCCAAAAAUGUAUUUUUCUCUCCCUUUAGCAUCUCCUCAGCCCUGGCCAUGGUCUUCAUGGGGGCAAAGGGAAACACUGCAAGUCAGAUGAUUCAGGCACUUUCUUUGGAUAAAUGCUGUGGCAAAGCAGAAGGGGACAUCCACCCAGGCUUCCGGUCACUCCUCACUGAGGUCAACAAGACUGGCACGCAGUACUUGCUCAGAUCAGCCAACAGGCUCUUCGGGGAAAAGACUUGUGAUUUCCUGGCCUCCUUUAAAGAUUCCUGCCGCAAGUUCUACGAAGCAGAGUUGGAAGAGCUGGACUUUAAGAGCGACACAGAGCAGUCCCGACAGCAUAUCAACACUUGGGUAGCCAAAAAGACCGAAGAUAAAAUCAAAGAGUUGCUGUCUGCGGGUACAGUGAAUUCAGACACUCUGCUGGUCCUUGUGAAUGCCAUCUACUUCAAAGGAAACUGGGAGGAACAGUUUGACAAAGAGGACACCAGGGAGAUGCCUUUCAAAGUCAGCAAGAAUGAGGAGAAACCUGUGCAAAUGAUGUUUAAGAAGUCUACCUUUAAGAUGACCUAUAUUGGAGAGAUAUUCACCAAGAUUCUGAUGCUUCCCUAUGUCGGCAACGAGUUGAACAUGAUCAUCAUGCUUCCAGAUGAACACGUUGAACUGAGAACGGUGGAAAAGGAAAUAACUUACGAGAAAUUCGUAGAGUGGACGAGGCUGGACAAGAUGGAUGACGAAGAGGUGGAGGUUUUCCUCCCUCGGUUUAAACUGGAGGAGAACUAUGACAUGAAGGAUGUCCUGUGCAAGCUGGGCAUGACUGAUGCCUUUGAGGACGGCAGGGCAGACUUUUCUGGAAUAUCUUCCAAGCAAGGCGUGGCUCUCUCCAAGGUCGUGCAUAAGUCUUUUGUGGAGGUCAAUGAGGAGGGCACAGAGGCUGCGGCUGCUACAGCUGCCAUCAUGAUGCUGAGGUGCGCAAGUUUUGUCCCUCGCUUCUGUGCCGACCGCCCCUUCCUCUUCUUCAUUCAGCAUGCUAAGACCAACGGGAUUCUGUUCUGUGGCCGGUUCUCCUCUCCCUGAGGAAGGGAUGCUCCUGUCAGUCUUUUACCCACUCUGGUUUACCUGUGACCUAAGUGACCUUAUCCAUAAGUGCAUUGACAGCAUUGAAAUAAAGGGCUCACUAACAACCCCCA